AUGGAAGAGCUCCUUGGAGCGGUACGAGCCCCUCUGGGAGGCGCCGUGCACAGCCCAGGUUGCGCAUCUGUCGACGACCUGCAGCUCCAUCUCCGGCAGCUCCUCGAUACCAAGGUGUCGCCUACCAAGGCCGAGCACAUCUCCGAGACGAUCGAGCUUCGCGCGACGGCCGUGUUCAACCUCACGCUCUCCGAGACCGAGAACAAUGCCCUCGACACCGUGGCCAGCAGCCUGGGCCCGGGCGCCAGCAGCAUCCUCCCGGCACAGGCGCUCGGCGGCGGGCAGUACCUACGGCAGGUCGGCGCGAGCGCGACGCUGGUCAACCAGCCGCAGGACGACCCCGUCCUGCAGCGCGCCGUGUCGAAGCACUUGAUCGCCGCGCUGAGCCAGACCGACGGCUGUACGUGGGCGGUGCGCUCCAUGUCGAGGGAUGCGCAGGGCUGGACGUUCAUCUACAAUUGCCGGGACUCGAUGCAGAGCUGGCUGAGACAGAAUGCGAAGGGCAAGGCACGGCCGCCGGUGGGCGAGUCGAGCGGCAAGGAUGGGCAGGAUCCGGUCAACUUGGGCCGGCCUGCCUUUGACUGUCGCGGCUCGAUCACCAUAUCGUUCAUCAGGGUCAACAAGGCAAUCAGCGUCAAGUACGAUCACAUGCCUUUUCACAAGACGGUCGCGCAGCUAAUGGAAAUUCUUGUUCCUCCACCGGCUCCGAUAGUGGCUAAGCCCCCUGUUGAGAACGGCGUGGGUAGCGCGAAGAAGAAGAGCAACAAAAGAAAGAGGGACAGCCAGGCCGCGGCUGGUGCUGAGGGCAGCACUGCUGUCGAGAACGGCGGGGACUCUGGGACUGCGAGCGCCGCCGCAACGCCAAAAAGAAGAGCCCCUCCAAAGAAGAAGCGAAAGAGUACUGCUGUUGAGGGCGAGGCGAGCGAGCAGGUUGCCGCGAGUGGUGCUGAAGCAGCAGCAACCGCUAGCACGCCGGCGCAGCCGCCACCUGCUCCGACUGCCACUGCGCCUCUCCUCAACCUGCCCCCAGGCGAGGAGGAACGGCGACGUGAAGUAGCCAACAAGCUCCUCAGUGACCAAGGCAUCAACCCUCAGUCUUUGUCGCCAGACCAGUUCAACAUUUUCGCGAACCAAUCACCCGAUCUACAAAAAGAGUCGUUGGCGAUGCUUGUCAGAUAUGGUGCGGAGAGGCUUCAGAUCGUACACCCUGCAAACGCCGCACAGGCAAGCCCGGCCCCCACGACCCCGGCGAAGUCCACAGCAGAUGCAGAUGCAGCAGCAGCGUCUACCUCCCAGACGCUCGCCGCAAGCGCUGCAGCCACUCCAGCUUCAGGCAAGAAGAAGAAGGAUAGGGCGCCAAGAUUGACACGGGGCAAGUGUGAGGGGUGCAAGACGAGGAAACUCAAAUGCUCGAAACAGAAGCCCGCUUGUGCCGAGUGUGAGGAGGCUGGGAACCCGUGCGAGUACGCGAUGCAGCAACCACAAAAGCGCAAAGAUGCCGCUGCCGACGAUGAUGCCAACGACGCUGAAGCCGAUGAUGAGGACGAGGGCAAUGCCCAUGAGGCCACGCAGCUCGAAGAUGCGUCGUUUGCAGAAACCGCUCAGGCGAAUGUGACAACAACAACAGCACUGGCACCAGCGCCUGUUGAAGAAUCCACAGCCCCGUUCGAGAAUGCCGACUACUCGUGGGACCACGGGACUACCUCUGGAAACAUGUACUCCUCAGCUACAGCCCAUGGCCAUACUCACGGUACUUCGGGUGGCACGGAGUACCCUGAUCCAACUUCGCACAGCACUCUACCGGAUCCAACAGGCGCUUCUUACCCAAUACCCCCUUCAUCCUCUGUGCCACAUCAAAGCUCCACUACCGCAACUAGUAACGACUAUUGGUCUUCUGGGCUGGCAGACAGACAUCACGGACAUCAGCAAGAACCUUCUGCCACAUCCUGGCAAGCCGCCUCCUCCCACUCCGGUGCUGCACAGCCAACCCCAUACCAGCAGCAACACGCCUCCCAAUCCAAGUCCUCCCGAUCUGCUAAGAACAGAACUGCUCCAGAGGCCACUCAGACGUAUGAAGGUGUGCAACAGGCUGCGGCGCUGGCCCAGGCUGGAGCUCAAAAGAACCAGCGGUCUCCGUCAGUGCGCAAGUCGCCCUUCCAGGCCAAAUCGUCUGUGGCCGGUGCGAGAUCUAAGAGAGGCCAGAAGACACAGACGCAAAGCCCUCUUGUGGCUCCCGCUGUGACGGCCCAGACCCAGAACCCAACAACGAGGACGAGCCUCCCGGAGGCUACGCCAUACUCGGCCGCGUCGAACAACUCAUCUACUACCCCGGCUCCCUCCUAUAGCCCCUACUCGCGUCCAGCUACCACGGCGACGACGCAGAGCCAGCCGCAAUCCUCCCUGGGCUACGACUCGUACACCAGCCAGGCUAGCUCUGGCAGCAAUUCCUAUACUGGCUUGUAUCAAAACCAAUACAACAGCCAGCCCGCUGACAGCUCCACGGGUACCUACAGCAGGGCUGCCGUGCAGGCCAAUUCCUCUGCCCACCGCACCUCGACGCCAAGCAACUGGUCUACGAGCGGCCGCAACGCCCCGUCCUAUACAAGCACCAACAAUACAAGCUCCAUGAACACCGGCAGCGGUGGCUCGUCCUUUAACGCAGCGUCGACCGCAGCGCAGCCGCACCGUAUGAGCACGCGGCAGCGCUCCUCGGGCGCUGCGAACCAGACGCGGUCCAGCACGUCGUCCUACGACCACCAACAGCAAGCGCAGCAGGCGAUGAACCCGUACUCCUUGCGGCCCACCGCGACGCCGCCGCAGCAACAGCAGCAGCAGUCAGGCUCGUCGGGCAAUUAUAAUAUGAUGCACCAGAACCUCCAGCUCCAGCAGCCGCAGCAGGACUGGUACGGCGGCUACAGCGCUACGAGCGGCAGUGCUAACAAGACUGCCAAGACGACCACCGCGGGGGGCGGAUACGGCUUGGGAGGAGGGGGGCACGGCGCUGGGAGCGACCACCAUGGCGGCGGCUACGGCCAGAGCCAGCAGCGGCAGACUCGCUCGAUGAACAGCGGCGGCCUGCACGGACACGCUGGCUAUAGCAUGGAUGCUGGAGACCAGGCGCUCUACGAUCUGCUGCGAGGGAACCAGCACUAG